AUGACAAGAAACGACAAGAAACAAGGAGGCGUAGGAUUCCUGAUUCACAAGAAACUAAAAGACAACAUCACUGAGUUUCACGCGACGUCGGACAGAGUUGCUUCAGUCGCAAUUAAGAUCUCAAAACGGUACGACAUCAAAAUCAUACAGGCCUAUGCUCCAACAUCACUAUCAUCACAGGAUGCUCUUGACGAAUUCUACGACGAUUUACGAAACGCACUACAACGCAAGAAAGCACACUUUAACAUCAUAAAGGGCGACUUCAAUGCGAAAGUUGGGAAUGGAGAUGAAGACUGCGUUGGCCCCUUCGGAUACGGCACCAGAAAUGAACGUGGCGACGAUCUUGUGAAUUUCGCGACAACCAACAACUUCAAAAUCACAAACACGUUCUACAAAAAGAAACAGAACCGAAGAUGGACUUGGCGUAGCCCAGAUUUUGAAACUUUCAACGAAAUUGACUACGUCCUUGUCGACAAAUCCAACAUUGUCAAAAACACUGAGGUUCUCAACAGAGUUGGCAUCGACAGUGACCACUGA